AUGUCGGCUCACAUGACCGAGAAUGGCCCGGUCAAUAUGCUUCAUGUUGAACUUCUCCAUAACGGGAUCUCGGAACUUUCCACGUGGACUGACAACGCUACGACCACUGGAUUUUUCUUUGCCGAAUUGCUAUCCUUCGGUCUAGAUGCGCCUUAUCUCAUGAACGAAAUGCUUGCUUAUAGUGCUUUGCAUCUAAGCAUUGUUAAGCCCGAACGCCGCGAUUUUUAUCGAAAUCAUGCGGCUCAACUUCAGAUGCAUGCGCUAAAUCAGUACAACUUGCAAUCUCCCCAUAUUAAUGACCAGAAUUGUGUGUCUGUAUUUGUAUUUGCUGCAUUUCUGGGUCUGCACAUGCUUUGCGACACGCUGGUCUUUCGUGAAGAUAGCUUCGAGGCGUUCCUAGAUCGUUUCUUGCAGUACGUACGACUACAUCGGGGCGUUCGCACAAUCGCUUCCGAGGGAAGAUGGUCAAUUAUUUGCCAGAAUACCACCCUUCAACCCCUAUUGGAGCUGGGCUCUCGGCUUCCUCCGAUGGAUGCCGAGCUAGGACCGAAUUGUCGUAUCUUACUUGAACGCAUCCAGACCUCCGAGACAGAGGCGUCUAAUCAGGAGAUAUACAAACAGGCUAUUCAAGCGCUACAUUCUGUGAUGACAAUAGUCAAGGCGAAUAGUUUCUACAGUGGAGGUUUUACAGCUCUGACGGCGUGGCCUGUACUUGUUCCCCGUGAAUAUGUUGACCUACUAUCGGCACGGCACGGGGAAGCUUUGGUAAUACUGGCAUAUUAUGGAGCCCUUGUUCAUACCGGACGGCAAUCGUGGAUGUUUCAAGACGGCGGUCAAUUUCUCAUUAGAUCCGUUUUCCAAUAUUUGGGUCCCUCGUGGAGCGAGUGGCUGGAAUGGCCUCUAGGAAUACUAGAUGGUACUAUUUUAAUAUGA